CCCGUCUGGUUCUGCUGGGACCUCAUCCCUUCUGGCAAAGGCAUUUCUGAAUUCGCAAAUUCUGAACAAGAGUCACCCAAAGCUCCAAAACUUGCAACAAGUUGAAAAUCACCAUAGCAUCAAAACGGUGUCUCACAUGCUCAAAUUCCUAACCAAGUCCAACAGAGCUGAACUCAAAAGACUGACCAAGCCAAGACAGAACAAUUUGAGGAAGGGCAUGGAUGAUUCUCAGUCAAGCUCAGAUGACUCCAGCAAUGAAUCAAACACUGACUCAGAAGACAAUGGUGCAACAAGUGAUGCAACUUCUCACACAAAGGAAAACCAUAGACAGGAAAUCAAACCUGAAAUUGCUUUCCAGCUGGAACCUGAUCCCAACCCUGGGAAACAGGGGACCAUUACAAAUAACAAGACUUACAAGCAGGGGAAGGAUUUUGUUGUUGAAAUCACUGAUGGAGUCCUGAGCCUUUUUGGCCAGGACUCUUUGAAGUGCCUGGAAGCCAAGUGGAUAUCUGAAGCUGCUCAGUCAGUCACAAAGGCCAAGUUUCAAUUCAUCCAACAUGAUGAUCUAGUUGCCCUAUAUCCAAAGUUCAGGGAAAAAUUCCCCAACUUGGUGGAGUUUCACUUUCAAGAAACCUGUCUUGACCGGCUGGGUCAAUUGAAUGGAUUGGCAGCAUUUCAAAAAAUGCAUUCAUUGUACAUAUCCAAGGAAGGGAAUUCCAUUGUGCAACACCCUCAGUGGAAAUUAUAUGCAAUCUAUAGACUUGGCUGCAGAGGAUUGAAGACCAUCAAUGGGAAACCUGUGGAACCAGAAGAUGUCACUCUUGCAGCAGAGGCAUUCACCCACCUCAGUCAACUGGUCUUUUCUUGUCAGUCCAGAGAUAAAAUACUCCAGUUAUACUGUCAAGUCUCAGCUGUGCUGGAGCCUUGUGAAGACCAAAAGAAACCUGGGGAAGAAAAGGUUGCAAGUGCAGCUGACAAAAUGACAUUAGCAGAGUCUACAAGUCCUGAUUUGCUGCAAGAAGCUAUUGGCAGAGAGGCUUUGUCUUAUCAACCUCUACCUGCCACAAGAGAGACUGCUUUGCUGAAACGUUCCAGAGCCAUGAACUUCAUGCAGAACGACCACCUCUCCAUAAGUUGGAAGGACUUUAUCGAAGAAAUAGGAAUGACGGAUAAUUCCUCGUCAACUUGGGCAAUUGGAGGAUUUUUGUUCUAUUCGGUGAUUUCCAUUGGGUUCAUCGUUUGCUUGUGUGCUACCAUUUACAAAGGGAAAUCAAUUGAAAAACUUGGCAGAAUGGAAUUGAAUUUCCUCGCCGAUGCAAAGAAAUUUGGAUGCGAAAUAAAACCAAAAGCAGGGAUGGUUUCGUUGUAUUUGGUGAUCCUCGGAUUCCAUGGAGUCGUGAUUUGGUUUUAUGUUGUGAAUGGAUCUUCAGAAGAUGAACCCUUUCUUGUGGGGAUUUCUCAAGUGACUGCAUUCAUGCACCUCGGUGUGUAUCCAACAUUCAUCAUACUCAAGUCAAAAACCGCAACUGACUACCUGGGAUUUCUCAAAGAUCGAGCCAAGAUCCUUCUGAAGUCCAGGUCACAUCACAAAGAAAUCCAUUGUGAAUGCAUCGGAAUUCUUGGAGCCUAUAGAAAUUGUUUCAAAUAUUCAAAAGUGAUGUCAAAGGCCUGUGGGAUCCCUAUUGCAAUCACGUGUUUGGAACUUUUUGUGACUGUGGUGAUUUCCUUGUAUGGAGUCCUCGAAUUGGCAAACAGUUCUUUGAGCAGGAAACGGUUACUUGACCUCGUUUUUCACCUGGUUAUGUCAAUGUAUGAGGCGUUUUUGUUGCUGCAAAUGCAUCAUUUCGCUGACAAGCUGUGUGAAAUGGAUUCCAAAAUGCGAUUUAAGAUUCAAGGAGCAUUCAAAUAUCAAGGGAAAGAAGAAUACAACAUUGACAAAGAAGGUCAGUGUCAGAAGGUCUUGGAAAAGAUCCUGGUUCACAAGGCACCUGCUAUUUCAGCAGCAGGAUUUUUCUGGUUAUCCAAAACAAUGCUGCCUGGUAUGCUUGGUCUGCUGUCGACUUUCCUCAUCAUUUUGGUUCAAUUCAAAAUGAGCGAAGAGGAGCCAACUGAUGCAAGCCCAACUGCAAUGACUUAUGCUGGCCUUUGA